AUGCCGUUCAACUCUGGUAUAAGCCACGUCACCCCCGAGGAGAAUCGUUAUUUCCUUGGGUUUGCAAAAGUACGCCUGCGUCAUCUAUCUGGCGAAUAUCGCGAAAAGAAUGUCUCUAGGUAUAGGAGAGCUCUGAAGGCUGGCCAAUGCCCUCUUAUCGACAUAGAGAACCAUGUCACUGCACUCAUCGACCGAAACACUCUCGAUAGAGCCCUUGACCGAUGCAGAAUUCCCCAAAGCGCUCUUACCAAUGGAGAUGACCCUCCUGUUAUCGCAUUUAAGGCGUCUACUAUUCUUCCCUGCCUACACGGGCGCGAUCUUCUCGAAGCGGCGAAGCGCUCACCUGGUCAAAUAUGGAUUAUAGCGAAACUGUUCUCAGAUGAGCUUCCCCAACCUUUACGUACUCGACUCGUGGAGCGGUAUUCUCGUCCCGAUGGUGCUUCAAAUGUCGAAAUUUUCCAGGCCCUCCUUCAUAAUCAGAAACCUGGCUGCGCGAAAUCAUGGCGUCAUAGGUUUCCAUCGAAUACAGAUUUUAAAUAUGUAAGACGAGUUGAUGAAUCAGCUGGGCUCAGGGAAGCUUUCAGAGCACUUAUCCCGUAUGAGGGCCUUUGGGGCACCUUUACAUUUCGAAAGCUGGAGCAUGUUGUUUCACCGCGAUGCUAUGAGGCAAUGAUCCAUUACCUGGAAGAGUUAUUCGAGACUUGGUCCUUGUUGUUUCCCGGUGAAACCGCAAGCCUCGUCGAUACACAGUCGGUCAGCCUGAUUGAGGGCAGGAUGCCCAAAUAUUCUUCUUAUGACAGCUCUCGAAUAACAUCUUUAAUGAAUGACGGCAUUCUAUUCCCACGCCUUUCCAACUAUGCGGAAAGGGAGAGAAUACUCCAAGCCUUACUCGGCAUUAAAGGGCGUAUAUGCUCCUUGGCCCUUUUCUUUGAGGAUGCGCGCUGCCUUGCUGGGCCCGUGAAAGCUCUGCGGGACCUUUUCGCAGUAGACACUCAUUCAUCUGUCUAUGAUUGUAUUCUGAAAUGCUGGGAUGGACAGAUGGAAAGCCAGUUAAUCCAAGUUUCCGAGACCGAGUACCAAGAAAAAUCAUUGAACGCCAUAUUUCGUCCACAGGAGGUCGAGGGAGCCAUUGCAUGGUCUAGCUUUCUGCAGCUCUGGCUGGUUGCAUUCCGCUACUUUAUUGACCCUCGCAUUGGCCGACAAAGAGCUCGAAAAAGCAUUCAGCCUUUAUUCAGUAUGCGUGGUCAAGCGGAACUCGCAAAAUCAGCGAAGAAACUAGGCUUCCGAGUUUCGAAGAGCAGUCUGACUGUGGCCGACUCGAAUGCACCUGCACUCCACUAUACCUUCGAGACACUUCUAGAAGGCUCUGGGAAAGAGAUAGAUGCAAGGGUAGCUAAACAGGUGACCCUUUUGGCGAGGAAGUUUCGGCAAAUGUUUGGUGAGCUUGGGUGUAGCCCACCUCUGCAUCCACCAGAAUUAUCGGUCGAUUCAGAUACCUUGAAGCCCAGCUGUCGGGGGGGGCGACCCCUCGGGCAGGAAUAUGUUAAAGAUCGCUCCCAUCUUUUCCUUAGACAUAUAUAUGGACCCGACCAAAACAGACGGCUUCAUCCGAGCUCAUUCGCGGUGAUCAGGGAUAUAUUCCUUUCCUUUUUUGGCAGAGAGCCUCUUUUUAACUUGACUGAUAACCAAAACACAUCAUCUAUAACGGUGGAGAAACCAACCGAUGAAGCCCUUACUCCGGCCCUAGAAUCUUGGCACCAUGAUCCCACAGAAGAAGAUCAACCGCGCGCACUGAGAGCGCCGGACGGCUGCCUGCAGGUCAAGCCCAUGGACAAGAUGGCAGAGAACCCUUCUCCACACUCCACUGAGCCUUCCACCCCUGUUUCACUUCAAGAACAUCCUUCUGGCUCACCUGGCCGUGAGAUGAAUGUCACUCGGACCGCUCCAUUAGCGGCUGGUUUCGAAGAUGAACUUAGCAAUGCCCCCGUCUCUGAAAGAACGGCAAUCACCAUUCGUCACUACACAGUUGGCCAGAUACUACCGAUUUGGUAUCAGUUAGGGGCACCUAAUCUAGUCGUAUUCUUCCUCUUCAGUUCAAAGGAAUACAUUAAGUUCUUUACCGACGAUGUUUUGGCGAUGCGUCUGGCUAUCAAUGAUCUCUCUAGGGAUCACUACUUUCUUAUCAUCAAAGACAACCAGAUAUUAUCCCCAAGACUUGAAGAGCUGGUUGAAGAGGCUACUGACACGCGUCUACUUCUUGUAGGGCAAAAGAAGGGGCCAUAUGAACUAGAGAAUAGGAUAGCAGGUCUCACAAUGGAGGCACUAGAGGACUACAUAUCGCAGUAUGAUGUUCAUACAGGGAAGCGACGAGCUGCUGCAGAUCAUGGCAGUGUAGAGCAACCUCCAUCGACCAGGAUCAGGAGAUAA